AUGGCUUUCGAACGUGCAGCCCGGUUCUACCGGUCAUGUCUCCUCCAGAUCAUCCUUGUCGGACUCGUCGCAUUCUGCGAACCCGGUAUCUGGACCGCUCUCAACAAUCUCGGUGCAGGAGGAAAUGCCAAGCCAUUUCUGAACAAUGCCGCUAAUGCAUUGACGUAUGGACUCAUGUCAAUAGGCUGCUUUCUGGCUGGUGGCGUGACAAACAAGAUCACCGCAAAAUGGACCUUGUUCAUCGGAGCCGCCUUCUACACGCCUUAUGCGGCGGGUCUAUACUGCAACAACCGAUACGGUAAUGAGUGGUUCAUGCUGCUCGGCGCCGCGCUCUGCGGAAUUGGAGCCUCGCUCCUCUGGGCGAGCGAGGCUGCUAUCGCGGUUGGGUACCCAGAGGAGGAAAAAGAGGACGGUAAGUCGGAUCGCGAGCUUCUCGUCUUCAAUUCACUGACUUUUACCAGGUACGUCGGAAUCUGGAUGGGAAUCCGCCAGAUGGGACCGCUCGUUGGCGGCGCGAUAUCCCUCGCUCUCAAUAUCAACACAGCGCAUGCUGGAAAGGUCACCUACACCACAUACCUAGGCCUUGUUGCCAUUUCGGCUCUUGGCGCGCCGAUUGCGCUGCUGUUGUCGCAGCCGCAGGAUGUUAUCAGAAGCAAUGGUACGAAGAUUCCUUACAUGAAGAAUACGAGCUUCGCCAUUGAGGCCCGCGCUAUCUGGAAGCAACUGUCGAAUAAGUACAUGCUGCUCCUGAUUCCGGUCUUUCUGGCCGGACAGUUCGGUACAACAUAUCAAGGAAAUUAUUUGACCACAUAUUUUACCGUUCGCUCCCGGGCCCUCGCAUCAUUCUUGACGGCUGUGGUAGGCGCAACUGCCAACAUCAGCACAGGAUUGAUUCUCGAUCUGAAGUUCAUUUCUCGCGAGAACAGGUCCAAGGCCGUGUACAUUUUCGUGCUGGUCUUCGUUACAGCAGCCUGGACCUGGAACGCCAUCGUCGAGACCAAACUCUCCCGCAUGGCUGAGCCGCCCUCCUUCGACCUCGGCGACGGCCCCUUCUUCAACUCCGCUUUCACCGUGUACAUGUUCUUCAAGUUCUUCUACGAGGUGCUGCAGACUUACAUAUAUUGGUUGAUGGCUGAGAUCAAGGGCGCGCAGAGAGAUGGCGAUAUCGCGCGCACUACUGGUAUUCUUAGAUCGUGGGAGUCAAUUGGUAGCACGAUUGCUUAUGCUGUUGGGGCGACUCACUGGCCGAACUUGAACCAGAUGAUACUUGGAUUUGCGCUGUGGGGAUUCACGAUCCCGUUCACGAUUCUUGCGGUGUUUGGGGACUGGAAUCAGUCUGAGGCUUUGGAUGAGGUGUUGGGCGAGCAGACGGAUAGUAGUAGCUUGGAGGCGCAGAGGGUGGUUAUCAAUUCUGAUGGGAAGGACUAG